GCUGGUCCGAGUCAGCAGCCGACCUGUCCAGUUCUGGGAAGAGAAGAUUGCCCUCAGCUCUACUUGUCCUGGGAGACGCUGACCUCAGUGGACUGGGCAGCUGAGGGUGAGAUCGCUGCAGGGCCACACCAAACAGGGAAAGUUCUGGCAAGGACCGAGGAAUGUGGGGAAGCUUGGGGCUGGGCCUGGCCUGCAGGCUGGAGCUGGUGGCAAGCUGCCCUCAGAGGUAGAAGGGGACCCCGGAGCCAAGAACUGCGCCAAGACCCAGCAGGAGCAGAGAGGCAGCAGUGGGAGACCGGAGACCCCGACUUCCUCCCCUACUUAGGUUCCAGCCAUGUCCCAGCAUGGGGGACACAGGAGGAGGUCCCGGACUCCAGGGCCUCCCAGGUGCAGCAUCCAGUCCUUCAAGUCCAGCGAGCAGUACCUGGAGGCCAUGAAGGAGGACUUGGCCGAGUGGCUUCGGGAUCUCUACGGGCUGGACAUUGACGCAGACAACUUCCUGCAGGUGCUGGAGACGGGCCUGGUCCUGUGCCGGCAUGCCAACACCGUCACCGAGGCUGCUCUGGCCUUCCUGGCUGAGGCCCCUGCCCGAGCCCAAAGGAUUUCUUUGCCCCAGGCUGGGGUUUUCUGCAAUGAGGCUGCCCAGCCGGGUACCUUCCAGGCCAGAGACAAUGUCUCCAACUUCAUCCACUGGUGUCGCAAAGAGAUGGGCAUCCAAGAGGUGCUGAUGUUCGAGACCGAGGACCUGGUGCUGCGCAAGAACGUGAAGAACGUGGUGCUGUGCUUGCUGGAGCUGGGCCGCCGCGCCUGGCGCUUCGGGGUCGCGGCGCCCACCCUGGUGCAGCUGGAGGAGGAGAUCGACGCGGAGCUGCGGCGCGAGCUGGCCCUGCCGCCCCCCGACCCGCCGCGGCCCGCGCCCCCCGCGCGCAGGCCCUGCCACUUCCGCAACCUGGACCAGAUGGUGCAGAGUCUCGUGAGCCACUGCACAUGCCCAGUGCAAUUCUCCAUGGUCAAGAUAUCUGAGGGGAAGUACCAAGUGGGGGACUCCAACACCCUCAUCUUCAUCCGAAUCCUCCGGAGCCACGUGAUGGUGCGCGUGGGGGGCGGCUGGGACACGCUCGGCCAUUACCUGGACAAGCACGACCCCUGCCGAUGCACGUCUCUCUCCCACAAACCAGGCAGCUUCUUGAAGGCUCCAGUGCCACCUGUGCAGCAUGAAGUGAGGGUGCAGGAUGGACCCUCGCAGGCCCAGCCUACGAUGACCAUCAGCCGCUCACAGAGCCCACUGCCUCCAGUGGACUGGAGGACAUACACCUCUUCAAGCAGAAAGCUGAGACCCUUCACCCUCUCCUCUCCCAGAUCCCGUGAAGCACCGGGAGCAGGGGCAGGGCCGCUGAGAGAGACGGCUCCAUUCCUCAGGUCCCAUGAAAGGUCACUCACCCCAUCUCAGAAAUUGCUGUCAGCUGGGGAUAGCCUUCCCAGUCCCCAGUUCUCAUCCAUCCAUGGGGCCCGAGAUCCAUGGGACAGCCAGUCAGAAACCAGACACCCUGGCGAACUCCCCGGGAGAAGGACUCCCACAUCUUGGGUUCACAAGGAAAGAGACAGCUGGGGAGCCCACGCCAGGGUUCCCACCUCCCAGAGACUCCAAGCCCUUGAGGCCGCCAACAAAGCAACAUCAGCAAGUGGACCAUCUCCCCCACCUCGUUCCUCUAGCCUGAUCAAGCCCCCGGGCACAUGGCUGCCUCAGCGGGGAGCUUCCCCCCAGCUCAAGGAGCCUGUCAUGAGCCGAUCGUCAUCUCCCAGCAAAGGACUCACCAAGAUCCCCAUCCGGAUGUCCUCUGCUCGACCCCCCACCCCAGCAAGAAGCUUUUUGGGAACUGAAAAUGGAGGUCCCAUGGCAGAACUGAGGGGAGACCCUGUCCCAUUAAGGACUGUCAUUGGGAACCUCGCUGGGUCCAAACAUGGAAGAGCAAGGCUUGAAUUCCACAAGGCAGAUAUCCAGGUCACUGCAGAUGGUGGGGCAUCCCAGGACCUUGGCACACAGGAGCAGGAAGGGAGGCACGCUUCUCUGCCCCUGGGCAGGACCAAGGAGCAAGCCCUCUGCCAUAGCCUUGAAGAGGACAUUGUGGCCAACAUGACGCUGCUGGAGAUAGGGGCUCCUUGUCCUCAGGGCACAGAGUCCAGAGUUAUCCCUCGAAGCGGAGUCUACGUUCCCAGUCUGGGUGGGCGGUGGCCUCAACCUGGAGGUCCUUAUGACAAAGUCAUACAAGAGCUUGCUCAGGGACCCCCACCUCUCCUAAAAGUGGACCCAGGAGCCUGGAAGAAAGUCCCUGCAGGCUUCCCUAAGCCAGCUGUCACCACAAGCCCAGGAAUCCCCGAGGGGACACUGGGAGUCAGAAAGUGUGGGCCAAGGACAAAAGAAAGCCGGGACACCAAGGGCUCCAGAGUGAGCGCCACCUCACUUCCAGGGGAGCAGGACUGCUCCGCCCCUACUGUGUCUGUCAUCUCAGAGGGGCCCCCGCCUUCAAGCCCAGACCCCAGUUCUGACAAAGCCAAAGCCUGUCUGGGCAAGGGCAAGAGAACACUCCGGACACCCCGGAAGGUCCCGUCCAUCUACAAACUGAGGCUGAGGCCCAGGAUCCGGCCCCGUAGAGACCACAGACCUGAGAAGCGACCUUCCAGAAUUCCCAAGCCACUGGCCUACCUCUGCCUGGGUCCAGCUAGGGCACCCCCCAGGGACAGGCUGUUGAGAGCUGCGCUGGGCACUAAGGGAGGGGAUGCCUGUCAGGUGGGGGGAGCAUCUGCUGGUGAAAGGGAGGAGGAAGAGAGGAGGAGGGAGCCAGCUGCCCGAUUGCACAGUGGCCCCCAGCCUUUGGAGGACCAGGGCCCUCAACAAGUUAGUCGAGCCCCCCUCCCACCCGAGAAGGAAUCCUGGGUUUGA